GCCAUGGAACUCUCCAAUUUUUCUUCAUUUCUUUUCAUUCUCUCUCUUUUCUCCGUUCUCCAAACAUCGACUAUUGCCACUAAAAAGCCAUACAUCGUAUACCUCGGAUCACAUUCUCAUGGUUCGAGUCCUUCCUCGUUGGAUCUCCAACUUGUAACAAAAUCUCAUUAUGAUUUACUAGGAUCAGUGUUGGGAAGCAAAGAGAUAGCCAAGGAAGCUAUUUUCUACUCAUACAACAGAUAUAUCAAUGGCUUCGCCGCAAUGCUCAAUGAAAAACAAGCCGCAGAUCUUGCAAGAAUUCCAAAUGUGAUUUCUGUUUUUGAAAAUAAGGAGAGACAACUACACACAACAAGAUCAUGGGAUUUUCUUGGACUAGAAACACAAGGAGUUCCUUCCGACUCUAUUUGGAAUGUUACAAGGUUUGGUAAAGAUGCAAUUAUAGCUAACAUUGACACAGGUGUUUGGCCAGAAUCUAAGAGCUUCAGUGACGAAGGAUAUGGGCCCGUCCCUUCAAGGUGGCUGGGCAGUUGUCGAAGUGGCGCUGACCCCAACUUCCAUUGCAACAGGAAGCUAAUUGGAGCAAGGUUCUUUAACUUAGCCAAUGGUCCACUCAAUGGCAGCCUCAAUUCUCCAAGGGACCAUCAAGGCCACGGAACCCACACUUUAUCCACGGCUGGGGGCAACUUUGUCUCUGGAGCUAAUGUUUUUGGCUACGCAAAUGGAACUGCCAAAGGUGGCUCACCUCGAGCCCGUGUUGCGUCCUACAAGGUCUGUUGGGAAGCGGAAGGUGGAGGGUGUUUUGACGUGGAUAUCUUAGCUGCCUUCGAAGCUGCCAUUGGUGAUGGGGUUGACGUUAUCUCAGCUUCUCUUGGUGCAAUUCCCUCAGACUUCCUAGACGAUGGGCUAUCUAUAGGGGCCUUUCAUGCAGUUCAGCAUGGCAUCGUUGUUGUUUGUUCGGCUGGAAACUUAGGACCAGAUCCUACAAGUGUAUCAAACGUAUCGCCAUGGAUGUUAACCGUUGGAGCUAGUACCAUUGAUAGGGAGUUCACAAAUUUCAUAGUCCUAGGGAACAACAAGAAACUCAAGGGUGCAAGCCUUUCUUCUAAGGCAUUAACAGAUGACAAGUUCUACCCUUUAAUCAACGCUGUGGAUGCAAAAGCCAACAAUGUCCCAGAACUUGCGGCGGAAGUGUGUGAUGAGGGAACACUUGACCCCACCAAAUUGAAUGGGAAGAUUGUGGUGUGCGUUGUUGGGGUUAUUGCAAGAGUGACCAAAGGUUACUUAGCAGCUCAAGCAGGGGCGGUUGGGAUGAUCUUGGUUAACGAUGAAGAGAGUGGGAAUGAGAUUAAAGCUGAUCCACACAUCAUUCCAGCAUCCCAUGUAACCUAUAAUGACAGUAUAACCAUCUCUCAAUAUAUCAGCUCUACAAGAACACCCAUGGCUUACAUCAGUUCGGUAACGGCAAAGCUCGGUGUCACGCCAGCCCCAACCGUGGCUAGGUUCUCAGGAAGAGGCCCAAGUAUAAUCGAGGAGUCAAUCCUCAAGCCAGAUAUAAUAGCACCAGGUGUGAAUAUAAUUGCGGCUUACCCCGAUGGAAUACCAUUGGCAAAUCUGCCCGUUGAUGAUCGUCGAGGUCCUUUUAUGGUAUACUCUGGCACAUCCAUGUCUUGCCCCCAUGUUUCUGGCAUUGUAGGCCUUCUCAAAACCCUAAAUCCCAAAUGGAGUCCAGCCGCCAUUAAAUCAGCAAUUAUGACCACAGCCAAAACAAGAGACAGCAGCUUACAUCCAAUUGUCGACCUCGACGGAGUGAUAGCAACUCCAUUAGCAUACGGCGCAGGACAUGUUCAUCCAAACAGCGCGAUGGACCCUGGCCUCGUUUACGACAUUACAAUCGACGAUUACCUAAAUUUCUUGUGCUCUCGAGGCUACAAUGCAACGCAAAUGAAAAAAUUCUCAAACAAUACAUUCGUUUGCAAUAAAUCAUUCAAAGUGACUGACCUUAAUUAUCCAUCCAUCUCAGUCGCGGAUUUGAAAACAGGCCCUGUGACGAUCAAUCGAAAGGUGAAGAACGUGGGAAGUCCAGGGAAGUAUGUUGCUCGAGUAACGUCGCCUUUGGAAGUUUCAAUCGUGGUUGAGCCGAGUACAUUGCAAUUUAGCGCCAUGGAUGAAGAGAAGAGCUUCAGGGUUGUGUUGCAGAGAAGUGGAAAGGGAAAUCAACAAGGUUAUGUGUUCGGAACAUUGGAAUGGUCAGAUGGGAAACACAGUGUUAGAAGCCCCAUUGCUUUCAAUUUGGGGAAAUAGUUUCGAAAUUCUCUGAUUGAGUGCUAAAGGAUUUAGAACAAUAGGGGAUGACAAAAUUGAUAGCUUAUUAUAAGAUAUGGUUGUCUAUCAAGUUGUCGUAGCUAU